UGCUGCCGCGCGGUAGUCAGGGAGCAGUUUCGGGGUCCUGGUUACAACUGAGGUGGGCGAAGGGCCCGGCGGGCCGUGAGGGGCCGGGAGGAGCGUCCAGGCCCUGCCCGGCGCGGGGGAAGCGGGCACGAGGGCCCGUCUGUUGGGGGAAGUGACCGCUCCCCGAGGAAGGGGCCAGUCCCCGACUCCGCGUCUUCCGCUCACUGCCUUAACUUUGGGGUGUGGCAGGGCUUCUCCGACGGGACUGUUCCUCCGGGCAGGUCUGCAUGUGCAGGAGGUUGGGAGCCACGCUGGUGCUGCUGGUCCUCCUCGUUGACUCUUGGGCCGAUCCAAACACAUGCCGCUAAUCCGGAUUAUCCGCGGUGACCUGGGGCCUCUGAGGCCAGUCUAAGUUGCAGGCCUACCCCAAACUUGCUCCGCUUUCCGCUGCCAGCCAAGACCACCCGGGGGAGGGAGGUGAGGGCUUCCACGCUGCCCCUGAGGGUUGUGAGACUAUCAGAGACAAGAACGAAUUGUUGGUGGAUCACUGCGGGGUGAGUGUGGAGGGAAUCCUGGAAUUUCACGAUGUCUGGGAAACGGAAGCGUGUUGUGCUCACUAUUAAAGAUAAGCUGGAUAUCAUAAAGAAACUCGAAGACGGGGGUUCUUCCAAACAACUGGCAGUGAUUUACGGGAUUGGUGAAACAACAGUGCGAGAUAUAAGAAAAAAUAAGGAAAAGAUUAUAACUUACGCUAGCAGUUCUGAUUCCACGAGUCUUCUGGCCAAGAGGAAAUCCAUGAAACCCUCUAUGUAUGAGGAGCUGGACAAAGCCAUGCUGGAGUGGUUCAACCAGCAGAGAGCUAAAGGGAAUCCCGUAUCUGGACCAAUUUGUGCAAAAAGGGCAGAGUUUUUCUUUUAUGCUUUGGGUAUGGAUGGUGAUUUUAACCCCUCUGCCGGUUGGUUAACUCGAUUUAAGCAGCGGCACAGCAUUAGAGAGAUUAACAUCAGAAACGAAAGAUUAAAUGGGGAUGAGACUGCUGUGGAAGAUUUUUGUAACAACUUCCGAGACUUCAUUGAGCGUGAGAAUUUGCAGCCUGAACAAAUUUACAAUGCAGAUGAAACUGGACUGUUUUGGAAGUGCCUGCCAUCGCGAACUUCUGUCAUCAAAGGUAAAUGCACCCUGCCUGGACACAAGUCAGCUGAAGAAAGGGUCACCAUCAUGUGCUGUGCCAAUGCAACAGGUUUACACAAGCUGAAACUCUGUGUUGUGGGGAAAGCAAAGAAGCCUCGCUCCUUCAAGUCCACCGAUACCUUAAAUCUACCGGUUUCUUACUUCAGCCAAAAGGGCGCCUGGAUGGAUCUUUCCAUUUUCCGACAGUGGUUUGAUAAGAUAUUUGUUCCACAAGUUCGAGAGCACUUAAGAUCCAAAGGAUUGCAGGAGAAGGCCGUGCUCUUGUUGGAUAAUUCGCCGACACACCCAAAUGAGAACGUUUUGAGAUCAGAUGAUGGCCAAAUAUUUGCUAAAUACUUACCACCUAAUGUGGCUUCAUUGGUUCAGCCCCUAGAUCAGGGGGCCAUCGCAACAAUGAAGAGGAACUAUCGGGCAGGCCUUCUACAGAGCAACUUGGAAGAAGGUAAUGACCUGAAGUCGUUCUGGAAGAAAUUAACUCUGCUGGAUGCACUUUAUGGAAUAGCAACGGCAUGGAACUUAGUAAAACCAGUGACAAUUAGCAGAGCGUGGAAACAAAUCCUGCCUGUCACUGAGGAGAAAGAAGGCUUGGACUUUGAUGAGGAAGGUAUUUCUAUAGCCACUGUGGCCACCAUUUUGCAACACACCAAAGGACUGGAAAAUAUGACUACUGAGAACGUUGAAAAAUGGUUUGAGGUAGACAGUACUGAACCAGGCUACGAAGUGUUAACUGACAGUGAAAUCAUCAGAAGAGCUCAAGGCCAGAUGGAAGAAUCUAGUGACAAUGAGGAGGAGGAAAUAGAACUGAUCCCAGAGAAGCAUGUUAAUCAUGCAGCCGCUCUCCAAUGGACUGAAAAUUUACUGGAUUACCUAGAACAGCAAGGAGACAUGAUUCUGCCUGAUAAACUGGUAAUACGCAAACUGAGAGCCACCAUCAGAAAUAAACAAAAGAUGGCAAACUCAAGUCAGUAAUGGUAUUUUCAGCUUUAGCACUGUAUUUGUAAUUGUGCUUGUGACUGUAAAAUGUGACUUAAUUUGUAUUCUGAAUUCUUAGACACAGUCUUGUGAAACUGUGUCUCAGUUUCACAGCAAUGUGUCUACAGUGGCUGAAGGGUUGUGUGUUAUCAUCUGUGUCUCAUCCCUUUGUGUAGAUGAUCAGAAACUGAUUCUAUGUAGAUGUGACUUACAUGUGUCUUCACUUUUGUAAAUCACCGGUUACCCACCCUUCUGUAAAAAUGGCAUUCCCUCAACUUUGUCAUGGAAGUUAGAGGUAGCAGUGAACAGAGUACUUUCCCAGAAUCUUUUCCUAGAUUCAUUAAGCUACCCUGGCAAGUUUUGCUUUGUGCUAACCAUCUUAAAUGGUUGUCUCUUACGUGCAUUUGAUGUAGGCUGACAGAAUUAGAACUAAUAGAUUUAAGGAUGAUAUUUAAAUAAGGCCUAAUAACGAUGGCAAAACUAAUCUAUGAAUUAUGAAAAUAACUUAAGUAUCAUACUUCUUUUGUCAU